CUUUAAAAUGCCAAAACCAAAUCUAGAGGAAAAAAGAAGUUAAAAGAAUUUUAAUAUAACAUAAUUCGACCGGAUACAAUGGAGGAAAAGGGUUUUGCCUGCUAAUGUUACAGGUAUCCGAUCCAUGCUAUAGAUUGCAUCAUUACAACUUACAAGACCCCCAGAUACACACUAGUAGUAUUCUUCCAACACACGCAAAUCCAAGUCCUUGGAUUGAAAUUGGGUUUUCCCUGAUCAAAUUCCCUUAAUCGACAUUUUUCCGCUGGGAAACUUUGCUUAUUCUUACUUAAUUCCUGAUCUGUAAGUAUCGUUGAUUGCCGGUGUUUCUGUUAUGUCGGAUUUGAUAGAAUUGGGGGCAUCUGUUGUUUAUCUUUGGUGACAUGAAAGAGGUGGGGAGAUCUGUCCAUUCGAUAGACGUGGUAAAGAAAAAAAGCUCUUCUGGAUGCUUGAUUAUCAAAAAGAAGGUAGCAGAUGGUGUUGGCGGAGUUCAAGGGUUUAGCGAUUCGUCAUCAAGGAAGCUAUAUUACUCGGCAAAAGAGAAAAAAAGACCCAGACCGAUUAGGAGUGAUUCCGAGUCCAGUGAUGAGUUCACAGAGCCUUACCGCCAAAAACUUGAUAAUUUUCACAAUGGUUCAUCUUUUAGUAAUAGGGGUUUUAUGGGAAAUAGAGAAUCAGAGAUUGAGAAAAGGGUAAAUAAUGGGAUAAAUAUGCAUGAGUUUGAUGAGUAUAAUGGAUUCCAUGAGAGGAUGAAUAGGAAGGAUGCUAACGAUCAUAGACAUGGGUUGAAGUUACAUUGGCAAAGUGGGGAUCUAAAGAAUUCUGCAAGUGGUAGUAGUAGGAUAAUCGAUGAUAAGAGAAGGGAAUUCCUUCAUGAUAAAAGGAAUGCCAUUUUGGGUGGAAAGAGUAGUAGGCCUAUUCAUGGCAUCAAAAGUGGAUACAAGAUGGAGGACGAUAAAUCCCAUUUACCCCUUAAUUACAGAGAAGUUUCUGAUGAACCUAUCAGGUUGCAAGGGAAAAAUGGUGUCCUAAAGGUGAUGGUAAAAAAGCAUAAGCAGAUGAGUGUUCCACAUCAAAGUUAUAAUCAUCAUCCAGAAGUUGAAGAGUGGAAAGAAUCUAGGCCAGUAGUUUACAAAAAGAAACAACAGAACAUGUCCCAUAAAAGCCAUGAUCAUUGGGAAGGUCCUAAUAGGAAAAAAGCAGCUAUGGAGCCAUCUUCAUUGCACUCUGCUUCAAGGCAUCCUGAGAAACCAGUUUCAUUUAAGAAUCAAGUGAAAGGUGAAGUUGAUUUGGAUUUGGAAAAGCCAGUUUUAGAUGAUAGUGACACAUCAUUACCAAUAAAACCAUCUGCUGAAAAAAUGGUUAAAAUUGAAAAAAGAAUAACCCCACAAACCAAAAAAGAUACUCCAGUUAAAGGGAAGGAAAGCAAGGUUAAACGUGGAAGUGGCACUGAAAAGCAAUUAUUAAGAGAGAAGAUUAGAAGUAUGCUUCUUGGUGCUGGUUGGACCAUUGAUUAUAGACCAAGAAGGAACAGAGACUACCUUGAUGCUGUCUACAUCAAUCCAACAGGAACUGCUUAUUGGUCUAUAAUCAAAGCUUAUGAGGCACUUCAAAAGGAAGAACAGAAAGAUCAUUCACAAGUUGGUGGUGAAUUUACCCCUUUACCCGUUGAAACACUUAGUAAACUAACCAGGCAAACCCGUAAGAAAAUUGAAAGAGAAAUGAAAAAGAAGAAAAGAGAUGAAGGCAACAACAAUGGUGAUGCUGAUGAUUCAAAUGAUAAUUAUUACAUGGAAACAGUCAAGCAAGAGAGGCCUGCUGCAAAGAGAAGUGUUGGACUUGGGCAUGAAUAUGAUUCUCAAAUUACACAGGGGCAAAAAAGUCGAAAACUCGGAAGGUGUGUUUUGUUGGUUAGAAGUGAAGGGAAAGGCUCUGAAAAUGAUAGGUUUGUUUCCUAUUCAGGGAAACGAACCCUUCUUUCAUGGUUGAUUGAUUCUGGAACAGUGGAAAUGAGUGAGAAAGUUGAAUAUAUGAACAGAAGAAGGACACGAGUAAUGCAAGAAGGGUGGAUUACAAAAGAUGGAAUCCAUUGUGGCUGUUGUAGCAAAAUCUUAUCAGUUUUGAAGUUUGAGCUUCAUGCAGGAAGCAAACUCAAGCAGCCAUAUCUGAAUAUUUUUGGACAAUCUGGAAAAUCUUUGAUGCAGUGUCAGAUUGAGGCAUGGAAUAAACAAGGAGAGUUGGAAAGGAAGGGUUUUUAUGCUGUAGAUGUUGAUGGUGAUGAUCCUAAUGAUGACACCUGUGGCUUAUGUGGCGAUGGUGGUGAUUUGAUUUGUUGUGAUGGUUGUCCAUCCACCUUUCACCAGAGCUGUUUAGGCAUAAAGAUGCUUCCUCAAGGUGAUUGGCAUUGUCCAAAUUGCUCAUGUAAAUACUGUGAAACUGAAGCUGGUGUUAGAACUGAAAGUCAACUUCUUGCAUGCUGCCUUUGUGAGAAAAAAUAUCAUGAAUCAUGCAGCCUGGAGAUGAAUGAGAAGCCUGUUGAUCCCACUGAUCCAAACCUGUCAUUCUGUGGCCAGAAGUGUCUAGAGGUAUACAGCCACCUGCAGAAGCUUCUUGGGGUGAAACAUGAAGUGGGUUCUGGAUUCUCAUGGUCUCUUAUUCGUCGAUCAGAUCUUCCACCAGAUGCUUCAUCCAUGGAGUUAUCACAAAGAGUGGAAUGCAAUUCCAAGCUAGCUGUUGCUCUUUCAGUCAUUGAUGAGUGCUUUGUUCCUGUUCUUGAUAGGAGAAGUGGAAUCAACUUAAUCCAUAAUGUUGUUUACAAUUGUGGAUCAAACUUUAACAGGUUAAACUACAGUGGCUUCUUUACAGCUAUAUUGGAGAGGGGUGAUGAAAUGAUUUGUGCUGCAUCCAUCAGGAUCCACGGGACCCAGCUAGCAGAGAUGCCAUUUAUUGGGACCCGCCAUAUGUAUAGACGCCAAGGGAUGUGUCGUAGGCUGUUAUCUGCUAUUGAAUCGGUACUCUCAUCCCUUCAUAUUGAGAAAUUGAUCAUUCCUGCCAUUGCUGAACACAUGCAUACAUGGACUGAUGUUUUUGGUUUCAAGCCUCUUGAGGAAACACACAGACAAGAAAUGAGGUCCAUCAACAUGUUGGUGUUUCCUGGAACAGAUAUGUUGCAGAAACCGCUAAUUCCAGAGAAAGGUUCAUCAUUACAUAAGAUAAGAAUGGAAUUGGAAUUGGAAAGCAACAUUCCGAAGCCUGACAAAUCGGAAUCAAGUUCUCCCGAUGUUAAAGAGUCGAGACAAAGAAUUGCUCCAUCGGAUUCCGGUUCUCAAGAUGCUAGCGAUGCCACUCUUUCUAUCAGUUCUGUUAAAGUUGAUAUUCCGUUUCCGGUUCUGAAAAGAAAACCAAAUGUUAUUAGUGAUUCCGAUGUUCAGCUUGAUGGUGAUGAUACAGUUAUGCAGAAUGGUGAAGAGAGUACUGAAAAUUUUGCUAUUUCUGUUGCCAUUCCGGUGAGAAAAGGUGUGCGGGGUGGUAAUGAGACUACAAACGGAAUUGCUGAUGCCGAUUCCAAGGGAGUAGGAUUUGCUCCACAGAAUGGGAAUGUGAUGCCUUCCACCAAAACAGGUGGUGCCAAUUCCGUUCCAGGUAACCCACGUGAGCUCAUGGGAAAGGAAUCAGUUUCUGUAUCUACGGAUUCCGAUUCCAGCAAAGAACUAACGGAUGUGCAGGAUGACGGAAUCACUGAUGCUAUUCCAAUGGACGCAAUAUCCUUAAACGUUUCUCUUGAACACAAACCACAAUUGUCUGGAAUGGAAUCACUUCCAUCUGUUCCAAAUUCAGCUGCAAAUAUAGCAGAAUUAAUUCAAUUUUCAACAGGAAAGGAGAAAUGA